AUGGAAGGAAAAUUUGGAAAUUCAGGAAAUGCAUCUUAUAUUGAAACUUCUGCCGCUUUGAAACUUGCUCCUGGAUGGGAAGAAUUUUUAAAAGAAGAUUUACAAAGUCCUGAUUUUGAAAUGCGAUUGCUUGCUGCGAAAUCAUGUCUACCAGAAGCUACUGCGGUAAUCAAUAAUAAACUUGACAAUUCACUUAUUUCACUUGACACUAUCCAAUUUGUCUACAAAAACGAAUCUGAUCAAGCAAUAGUCAAUAAACCGAGUGAUUUCAGCUUAAAAUUAUCUCAAGAACAAAAUUUUUCAGAUGACGAAAAGGAAUUGAAGGCUAGUUCAACAGAGCAUAAGCUUAGAAUGCAGCUAAAACAACGAUUAGAAGAACGCCAACGUGAACGGAGGCGAGAACUAGAGGAAAAAAAUAUUUCCAACGAAUUUAACAUUGGUUCCUCAGAUCUUGUUAUAACUGAAGAUAAUGAUGACCUCUACCAGCCUGACUUCGAUUCUACUAAAUCAAUACGAUCUGCUAAUACAUUUUUGAAUCCUUCCUUUCCAGUUUAUUCUGAUAAAAGCCCGAAUGCCCCUGAACAAAGCUUAGACGGUUUAAAAUCUGUUUCCAAUUCUAAGUCAUUUGAUUAUACAGAUUACGACGAAAUAGAUGCGUGCUAUGAUGUUGAACCCCAAAUUUUUGAAUCAAAAAGAAAAUUAUCUCGAGAAAUUCAACCUCCACCACCACCUCCGCCACCACCUCCUCCUCCACCACCUCCGCCGCCACCUUUGUUAAAUUUUAUUUCGAAGCAGCCAUCUACAUCUCGUCAGUCAUAUGAAACCUUGAAAACGCAUUCACAUAUAUAUGGUGAUUAUCAUAAUAAAAUUUAUAAAAACGAUGAUCAAUCGUUUUUAUACUCUUCCUUAUAUCAGCCCCAUAAUCAAUCUUUCAGUAAUGUCAUACGGAACGAAGAGUCUUUAGCGGAGAAUUUGCAAACAUUUGAGCAAUUGCAAUAUUCUAUUGAUACAACACACUUGCCGAAUCACACUUACCCAAAUUCUCGCGUUUCUUCGACGGAGUCAUUACCACCUAACUCUUCUACUUUUUAUGUCAAUAACCGUUCUGAGGUUCAAAAUUACAUGCGUCUUAAUACUCAACUUUUAAACAGAAACAAUAGCACAUAUGGUAAUAAUUCUAAUUACAGGGAAGAUAAAGGUUAUAAUAUAUAA